ACACACCCCCUCCCUCCCCUCCCCUUCGCAUCAUCAUCAUCAUCAUCAUAACACGGAAGCAGUAGACAGAGGGGGGGCAGGAGAGGCGAGGAUAGACGAGGGGGGUUGAAGACAGGUAACAAUAAGGAGCACCAGACACAGACAGACAAGCAGGGACAGGUGCAGAGAGGUAAAACAGCAGACAGGUAAACAAAAAGACAAGACAGCGAGCAUCAUGGCGCUGAUCCCCUCGCAGGUCCUCCGGGUCGCCAUCCUGCUGUCUUAUUUCUCCAUCCUCUGCCACUACAAAGCUUUGGACAUGCCGGCUCACCAGACCUACGGAGGCAGCUGGAAGUUUCUGACCUUCAUCGACCUGGUGAUCCAGGCGGUGUUUUUCGGCCUGUGCGUCCUGAUCGAUGUCUCCAGCCUGCUGACUAAAGGAGGCGACAGCAGGGAGCAGGAGAGGCAGCUGAGGAAGCUGAUUGGCCUGAGGGACUGGAUGAUGGCCGUCCUGGCCUUCCCUGUCGGAGCGUUUGUGGUCUUUACGUUCUGGUCUCUCUACCUGUAUGACAGAGACCUGGUCUACCCCAGACUACUGGACAACUUCAUCCCUCAGUGGCUCAACCACGGCAUGCACACCACCGUUCUUCCCUUCAUCAUCAUCGAGAUGCGGACCACCCACCAUCGGUAUCCCAGCAGGUCGUGGGGUCUGGCGGCAGUUUGCUUCUUCGGUUUGGGAUACAUCCUCUGGACGUGUUGGGUGCACCAGGUGACGGGCGUGUGGGUCUACCCGGUGCUGGAGCGCAUCGCUCCGCUAGCUCGGGUCGUCUUCUUCAGCGCCAUGACCGUAGUGAUUUGUGUCUUUUACAUUCUCGGAGAAAUCCUCAACAGCUACAUCUGGGACCAGCCACACACAGAAAAGGUCAAAGGUGAGUGAUCCUCUAUGGAAGCUGGCGUCGGUCAGACGAACGAGGACAGACGAGUGGUGCCCCGCCCCACUCCGGACAGCACAAGAACGGAAAAAAACAAGCGCCCCUCUCUCUGGAAGUGGACCGUUAACCUUUUGAACUGUAUCCAUCGAUAUAAUCGUUUAAAAAAAAAAAAAAAAAGACAGAAAAAUAAUCGGUUAAAUGUGAAUAUGAGAAUUUUCUGAUGGAAGAAGAAAGAAUCAAUAAUCUUUUUUUUUUUUUUUUCUCUCUUGUUGUUGUUUUUCUGUGUCAUAAACUACGCCGUCGCAUCCGGCUUUGGUGGUGGACAGUGGAGAAAACACACUUCUGUACAUAAACACACUAAGCAUACACACACACACACACACUAACAGUAUUUGUAUUUACUGGUAUGAACUAUUUACCAAAGUGAAUGAAAUCCUUCAUAAGCUUCUAUGAAACUACUGAACAUCAAUAUUGUGUUGAAUAUGAUUACUAAUCAUUUUAUGAGACAUGUAUGGAAGAAAUUAGAUGUUGGUACGAGAUCAAUAAAAGAUUUGACUGGGAAAUAUUUCAGUCCGGUUUUGAA